AUGAGUGUGGCGCCAACCGAUAAUUUCAAAUCUCAACCACCACCACCAUACAACGUUGGCGAAGGUGCACAGCCAGUACAACAGGCGCCGACGCAGCAGAUUUAUGUUCAGCCGGCUGUUGUUCAACCAAUCGCCAUUGUCGUCGAAGAAGUUAAAGAGACUUCGUGCCGAGAACCCUAUAUGGAAUAUUGUCCAAGAUGUCGGAUAACUGUGAUGACUCGAACUGAGGAGAAAAUCGGAUCAUUUUGGUGGAUUCUCUUCAUCAUUGGAUUAAUACUCUUCUGGCCGGCGCUGUGUUGCCUUUGCUGCAAAAUUUCCAAAGAUGUCCGUCACAUGUGUCCAAAUUGCGGAACAAUGGUUUCGUGCUCGAAAAAAGGAUGCUAA